UUAGCUAGCUGAACUAGCUGUCGCUUGCAAACGUUAGCUAGCUGGCUAAUUUAGCCCUCGGCGUCAGCGCUAAACUGACGUCCUGUCCGUUUGACACGCUCAAGAUAGACGGACCAACGGGGACAACAAUGCUGCAGCUAGGGGACGAUGUCACCCUCUACUCGGUCGUGUUCGUGCUGGUCCUGCUGGGGACCCGCAGCCCGGUGUGGACCACCGCGCUCACUGCCUCGCUCUACCUCUUUGUGGCCGUGUUCCGGUUCCCUCAGGUACCGAGCAGCCGAGCCCGGCUGGUGCUGCACCCGGCCGAGGGCACGGUGGGCUCCGGCAAUGUGUCGGUGGUCGCUCACCGGUGCGGUGGGCACGACGCACCGGAGAACACGAUUGUUGCCAUCCGGGAGUCCAGCAAGAACGGGGCGACGGGCGUGGAGUUGGACCUGGAGUUCUCAGCAGACAGUGUCCCGAUACUGAUGCACGAUGAGACCGUGGACCGGACCACCAACGGGUCAGGGUCGCUCAGCCAGAUGAGACUGUCCGAGUUGGACAAACUGGACGCAGCAGCUAAACACCGACUCAGGGAAAGGUUCGCUGGAGAGAAGAUCCCCACUCUGGAGGAGGCGGUGGAGGAAUGCAUAAAACUACAGCUCACCAUCUACUUCGAUGUCAAAGGUCAUCCAGAUGAGGCAGCUGCAGCCCUUAAAGAACUGUAUAAACAACAUCCAGUCCUCUACAACACCAGCAUCGUCUGCUCGUUUGAGCCAAAAGUCAUCUACAGGAUGCGGCAGAGCGACCCAGAAGUGGUCACAGCACUGACCCACCGUCCAUGGAGCCUGAGUCGCCUCGGCGAUGGUGCCCCACGUUUCUCGUCGCCAUGGAAACACAACUGGAUGACACUGAUGGACAUAGCGUUGGACUGGGCGCACCAUCACGUGCUGUGGAAGCUAUGCGGCAUCUCGGCCUUCCUGAUACAGAAAAACUUUGUCUCACAGGACUAUGUUCAGUACUGGGCCCGCAGGGGGGUGGAAGUGGUGGCCUGGACGGUCAACACAAAGGUGGAGAAGGAUUUCUACCAGGAGCUGCUGCAUGUCAACUACAUCACAGACAGCCUUGUGGAAGACUGUGAUCCCCAUUAUUGAAAAAAACACAGGAACCCAGAGCAUGAUUUUACGACCACAUGAAUGAAAUAUACAUACACAUAAUGAAAAAAGUACUUAGGGAAGUCUCUUUUCAUAUCUACUGUUCACCCAAUGUGGUGACUGCAAUCCGGUAGAGUCACGUGAGGCUAAGUACGGGAGUUUGGUGUGGACUCGUUCCAAAGAGACGCUGAUUCCUCCUAUGAAGUUCAUUGAUUUUAUUAAGUUAAAAACACAUCCAAGCGGGCGAAGCGAUACACGAUGUGCGACGAUGCAAUAAAGUGCGCUGUAGGAUACGGUCAACAAAAAGUAUCGUCUCCCGACUCACCCCCAUGUCCAUACAACCAUCACUCCGCCUAGAUGCCUACGCUCAUUCAUAAACCACUGCACACCUGCCCACGUGAUUCUGAUGCUAAUUACAUUUCAAAAUAAAAGUACCAACACUCACACACAGGAACUGGCAGACGGCCGCUACACCCAAGAUGUGGCUUCAGGUAUGAGAGCAUAAGCCACACUGGUCCCGAUGUGUGUUUGGUUGGGGCCAUCAAGCUGACCAGACUGUGGGCCAUCUGUAUAUUGAGAGUAGUUGCUUACAUAUCCAGCAAUAAUGACCUGUAACAAACCUUAAACGUUUGAGUAAUGCAUUCACCAACUCAGGAUUCUGCAUUUCUGCCUCUUUCAAGACCUGAGGUAUAGUGUCAUACAGUGUCUGGUUUUUACUCUGCAACAGACAUUAAUCUGGUGUAAAUAAACAUUUCCUAACUUUCAUAAAUGCACAUACUGAACUGCAGACUUGAAUGAUAUUGGCAUUUGAAUGUUUUUUUUAUGUGCUUUUGUUAAAAUUCUAAAAAGAACCUUCUAGUUUUUUUUUGUUUUUUUUGUUAGCUGGGGCUAAUCUAUAGUAAAAGCUAGACUGCUUUGUUCUUUGACCCAGCUGUAAACCUCAUGUGCAUUUCUAUUUGGCAUAUUCUCAAUUAAAUCGGAACAGACAU